AAUUAGAGAUCUGAGAAUCACUUAUUCUUGUAUUUGUUUGGUAACUUCAGGUCCUACUCAAUACGAAUUCCUUGGACAUUGAAUUGAGAUAUUUAUGAUUAAACCUACUAAAAAAUUGUAUGAACUGAUUUGAGAUUUUUCACGGGAAUACUAACUGAACAUGACUUUGUACCACUUUGGAAAUUGCAUCGCAUUGAUAUAUGUACCAUAUUACUUGACGUACAAAUAUUCCGGAUUACCCGAAUACGGAGCAUUCUGGAAAUGCAUACAAGCGGGAUUCAUUUAUAUUUUCACCCAGUUGGCAAAAAUGAUGGUGCUGGCAACAUUUUUUCCAGAUAAUGUGUCUGAACUUGGGAGCGAUUUGAUAGGGGAAUUCCUCAAGUCAACCGUAGAUUUGGCCGAUCUAGUGGGCCUAUAUCUAGUACUGGCUGGUAUUCCAGGCAAAGGUCACAGCAAAGUACUGACGGCAGGCAUAGGCUGGGCAACUGCGGAAGUCAUUCUCUCUCGAGCACUUCUCAUGUGGGUGGGAGCCAGAGGAGCGGAAUUCGACUGGAUAUACAUUCAAAAAUGCCUCGAAUCGAAUAUUUUGUUGGUGCAGCACAUCAUCACGUCCACUUUGGUGUGGCUGUGGUCCCGUCACGAUUUGAAACAAAACAUCAGAAGUGUUGUUACCCUUUUAUUGGUACUUACGUCGUACAAGACUUUGUUGUUGGAUCUGUUUAUAACUAGUCUCGGAGCAAACGCUUGGGUGGGGCUGUUGGUUAAAGCAAUCGUGACGAUGUCUUAUGGAUUUUUCACGCUUGUGGUGUAUGCAGGACUAGCUCAAGUCAUUGGGAUUUUCUGAAAACUUACUUAUUGUCGGUUUUAAUGCACUGUAUCGUAAUGAUUUAGUAUUCGAAAUAUAGUAUUUAUUUAUCAUUAGG